CGCGCGAGCUGGGCCCAAGCUGGCCUGGGAGCCGCGGAUCCUAGCGCAGCUAGGGUGGCAGCAGCGACGCGAUGGCUCCGGCUUUGGACCGGGAGGGUUACUGGGGCCCUACGACCUCCACACUGGACUGGUGCGAGGAGAACUAUUUUGUGACCGAGUAUGUCGCCGAGUUCUGGAAUACAGUGAGUAACCUGAUUAUGAUCAUACCUCCAAUUUUGGGUGCAAUUCAGAGUAUUAGAGAUGGACUAGAAAAGCGRUACAUUGGUUCUUAUUUAGCACUCACAGUGGUAGGAAUGGGAUCCUGGUGUUUCCACAUGACUCUGCAAUAUGAAAUGCAGCUAUUGGAUGAACUCCCAAUGAUUUACAGCUGUUGCAUAUUUGUAUACUGCAUGUUUGAAUGUUUCAAGAUGAAGAACUCAGUAAACUACCAUCUACUUUUUACCCUAGUUCUAUUCAGUUUAUUAGUAACCACAGUUUACCUUCAUGUAAAAGAUCCCAUAUUUCAUCAGGUCAUGUAUGGAAUGUUGGUCUUUACAUUAGUACUUCGAUCUAUUUAUAUUGUUACAUGGGUUUAUCCAUGGCUUAGAGGACUGGGGUAUACAUCUUUGGGUUUAUUUUUAUUGGGAUUUUUAUUAUGGAACAUAGAUAACAUCUUUUGUGACUCGCUGAGGGACUUUCGAAGGGAGGCGCCACCUAUUCUAGGUGUUACCACACAGUUUCAUGCAUGGUGGCAUAUUUUAACUGGACUGGGUUCUUAUCUUCACAUCCUUUUCAGUUUAUACACUAGGACACUUUACCUGAGACACAGACCAAAAGUGAAAUUUCUCUUCGGAAUCUGGCCAGUGAUCAUGUUUGAGCCUCUCAGGAAGUACUGAUGAGAUUAUUCCACCAUUAAAACAAAGACACUUAUCAUAAACCUGACAGGAUAAAUAAGAGAUAUCUAAAGAUCUACAUAUUCAAAUACAUCAUGACCAUCACAACAGAGGAGUGAUUUUCUAAUUAAUGCCUUGGCCACAGGGAGGAUGAGGAAUGGACCUGUGGGAUGUUGGCUCCUGGCUUUAUCUCAUUUGUCCUCCUCAUCUUCAUCCUAAGAUGUUCAUAAAGAAACAGAUGUGUAUUUAUAUUUUAGAAUGCUGGGGAAAUUGGGCUUUCUUAACAGGUUAACAGUUUGUGCUGGUCAUAGGAAAUUAACCAUUUUUCUUUUUGACAGGGUUGCAUGUGAAUUAUACCUUUCUUAAUGUUUGAUUAAAUGAUGAAAAUAGUCAUUAAGUACUGGCAAACCCUGUAUCCAGAUGGCCAGCUGUGACACACCACUUAGCUGUGUCAGCUUUGGUUUAUAGUGUUGUCCUAUUAACCUCACAGAUGAUUUUCCAAGAUGGAGGGGAAAAAGAGAGUUUCCCGUGGGAUUAAAGAUAGCACCUCUUCACUGUCCAUCUUGGUGCUAGGCAGAUGGAAUAGUAUAAGCAAAUUCAGACUGGCCAGUGGGUUCAAUACUUGUCACCUCCCAGGAUUUGCCAUGGGCUCUGAGAUAUCUGUGGACCAUGACCAAUCAGAACAGGUGGGAUAUCUUUUAUCCUUUAUGAAGCUCCACCAGGACACCUACAGACUGCUGCUCUUCAGUUACAGGUGGUUGCUUCCUUUGCUUUGAUCUUUGCAGAUCUUUAAAUUGUAUCUGUUUUUAUGGCUAGGCAAAUAUGAUGGGUGAUCUAGCCUACCCAUAUCCCAUCCUCCUAGCUAACUUAUUUGAAGUUAUCAGGGAAUGUCAUAAAAUGCUGGCUUUUUGCCUUAUGUGAUAUUUUCCAGUUCUCAGAGAGGCCAUAGGUGUGCCCAGGGAAGUAUGUCAAGAUAACUAGAGAUUAAAUGGUCAGAAUUCUAUUUAUAUAAAGUUUAUUAAAAUAUCUGCUCCUUCAUUUUUUGAAGGAAAUAGAUAUAAGGGACAAGUCUCUUUUUUAAGUCAGUUUCUUCAACAAUAAAAUGGAGCUGUUAAUAGCUACACUGCAGAGUUUACAGAUUAAAUGCCCAUCUACUAUUAAUUAAGUAGAUGCUUCAUACAUUUGAAUGGAUUAAAUGAAAAUAAUUUCAUUAAAAAAUUUUAACUUGCAGAACAUCCAAAGAUUACAUUGCUAAGAAAUAGCAGUAAAAUCUCAUUGUAAGUCAGCUAGUGUUAAGCUCAAAUUCGGGACCCCCAAAGACCACCAGAGACCCAAGAUCGAUGCAAGCAGCA